UUCAUUCUGCUUAUUUUUCUAUUUUCUAUUGCAAUCAAUUGCGAUUUUCAUUCUUUUGCAUUUGUAAUGUCCGUGUGUUAAGAUUAAUUUUCCGAAAGAAAAAUUUAUAGAGGUGUUUGUAAAACUAAAAACACAUAAACUUGAAAAAGUUUCCAGAACAAAGAACUUCCAAACUCCGUCGAUUAAAGACAUCGAAUAAAAACGAAAAAAUUACCUACAUACAUAUAGAAAACUAAAUAUGAAUACGUGACCUCCGGCAUACGAAUCUUUGAAAACUGGUAUUGCAUAUCAGGUAGUGAAGUGUGAAAGUUUGGUUGCGACGUAAUUGUUGCAUUGAUUUUUAAACAAACACAAAAUUGUGUAAACCCAGACGUUUUGAUAGCAGUAAUCAAAAUAUCCGAACUAUUUGUGAAAAAAAAAAAUUAAAAUUGCUCAUUUAAAUUUUGUAAACACAAACGAUUACACCGUCACCAUGAACAACGGUGGCUUUAGUUCGGGUGAGGAAGAUUCUCGGGACGGGCAUAGUACAUGUUGCCUCAUCGAUGACGAUGAGCGCUGCCGUAACCCCGCCGGCAAUGCGAGAUAUAGCAAACGCAUACAAAAAACGGUGCAACAAAAACGCCUGAAACUGCGUAAUGAUCCCACAGCGGAGCGCAUUUACAUCUGUGAAUAUCACAAGUGCCAGAUACAAUCCGCACGUAGCAAACGUCGUCGCAAGGAUUCCGAAGAAGAUAGCAACGAGACAGACAACGAAAUGCCUGAUGCUAUGGUGCCUGAUCUUUAUCAAUUGCAAGUGAAUACGCUGAGGCGCUACAAACGUCACUACAAGGUGCAGACAAGGCCCGGCAUGAAACGGCAACAGUUGGCGGAUACAAUCAUGAAGCAUUUCAAAACGAUACCGAUCAAAGAGAAGGAAAUAAUCACCUACUUCGUAUAUAUGGUUAAAUCAAAUUCGAAUAAGCUGGAUCAGAAAAAUGGUCUUGGCAAUGAUACAACUUGAGGGAAGCGUAGUUAAGUAUUUGCCAUUUCGGCAAAUGGGUGCUACUGUUCUAAAAACAUAUAGUUCGCCAAUAAUAGCAGCAAUCAAUUAGCUUAAGUUUCCUUCGUGUAAAUGUAUUUAGAUAUAAGAUAACAUUGCUUCUAUGGUAUCAUAGUUUUCAUGUUCACUUAAUUUCGAAAGUCAGAAUUGUGCAGUUAAAUCUCUACUAAAACGAUUAUGUAAACAAAUAUUGUUUUAUGUGCAUAAAUAUGUUUAUAGAAAUGUAAAAAGUUAACUACUCAACUCUGUUUAAUAAAGUAAAUGUUCAAUUUUGCAAUACUAAUAA